UUGGGCCAAAUAUGCCAGGGCCGAUUUUUGGUCCCAGUCCGCCCCUGCUGGUGGUCUACGAGCUUGCAAUGUUUCCGGCUCUGCAGGAAGUUCCUAUAACCAUCUCGGACUGUCUGCUCACAGUCACUUGAGUUGACUUGUGGAGUUAAUGGUUGCCUACGAAUUUUACUGUUACAUUGUUAAGAGCUUAACCUGGGGUAUGGCACCUCCGAACACCUGCCUCAAGCGGGCAUUCAGUACUCUUGAUGUUGUACUCACGAUCCUUGGGGCCUUCAUCCUAGCCUUUGCACUGUUUCAACAUGGAGUUCUCCAUAAUGAGCAGAAGGUGGAAGAAUUUCAUGUUGUGGUGAUCUCUGUCUACGCCAUUGGGGCUGCCAUUGCAGCAGGGGCCACACUUGGAUUGUACGGCGUUCGGAAAGAAAAACAAUGGGCACUGAUUGUGUCGUCAGUUGGUAUGACAAUCAUCAGCCUAUUUCUUCUUCUGAUCUCCAUAGCAACAGCAAUUGAGGCAAACAAGGUGGAGCAGUACAUUGAAGAAUCCUAUAAGCUGGACCAUCUCCAUGAGGUCAGUGAAGACAGGCAGCAGGAUGUAGAGGAAUGGCAAACAAUGCUCCAGUGUUGUGGCCUUCAAAACGGGUUCCAGGACUGGCAUGGGCAUCACCCGGAAUCCUGUCUCUGUCCAGAGAAGCCAGACCGCUCCAUCAAAUGUGUCACUGCUUUGUUCAUAAAUGGCACCACAACUGUGGAGGAGCUGGUGUACGAGCAGACCUGUUUGCCACUAAUGGUUGGGUUCAUGAGAAGGGCAUUCAACAUUUUCUUAACAUUGUUGUUUGGUUUAUCCAUUCUUGUGGUUAUUGCUACGGUUAUGACCUUGGCUUUGCUCUAUCAAAUGAGAAAGAAGACUGUCAACACAGCUGUAGUGUUCAAACUUACUCCCAGUGGCUCCACCUAUGCACAGUUUUCCAACUCAGACCAACAUUACUUGCUGAGUUGAAUAUUUUUGCUGAUUUUACUUUGAAGUAAUGUCAUGAACGCAUACAGCGCCCCCCACAUUUAUUGUCACCCCUGGUAAAGAUGAGUAAAAAAAGAUAUUCAAAAAAUAUUCUGGUGUUUUAUCACAAUGAAAACAAUGAGGUAUAAUCAAAACUUUAAAGGGAAACAAAUUUAUUCUGCAAAGACAAACAUUCUCAUAAAGAAAUUAAAAGAAAAGAAGAUUUUUUAUACCUCUUUUUACUCAAUUUUACCAGUGUCAAUAAAUGUGGAGGGCACGUAUACUGUAUGCUGAAAGAACAAACUGUUGGAAAAACUGGGAAAACUGUUAGCUAAUGCAAGCAUCACUGUGACAAAAUUCUAAACAAGCAUUUUGUUUUAAGUCCUCACCCAGCUGGUUGUGGCAUUUUAAGCUAUCUUCAAAAAGAAUGUCAGUGUCAAGUCUUUCCUCACUAAAUGUCUUUGACCCAUUAAAAUAAUAAUAAUAAAAAAAACAUAUUCCCCCAUGUACUGCAAGUUGCUUUAAGAGAAUGAAUAAAUGUUUUAGUUUCUGAUUAAAGCCCUGUGGUGGA